UUUGAGCAGCGUCUCCUCUGAAUUGUUACAUCAUCUAGAUGGGAUAAGCUGUAACCAUGUUCAGCUUUGAGGGAGAUUUUAAAACAAGGCCGAAGGUUUCGCUCAGGGGAGCCAGCAGAAAGGAAGAUAAAGCUUCCCUUUUACAUCGAACCCAGGAAGAGCGGCGCAAACGAGAGGAAGAGAGGAGGAGGCUGAAAAAUGCAAUAAUCAUCCAGUCCUUUGUACGAGGCUACAAGGACAGAAAACAGCAAUACACCAUCCAAAGAAGUGAGUUUGAUUCCUUCGCCAGCUCAGCUGCUGCAAAUGGGGGUGCUACGAACGCAAGCAAUCUGGUGCUGUUAGUGCGCAAGCUCCUGUUUUUCUAUAGACAGAAUGAGGACUCUAAACGCUUGAUAUGGAUAUGCCAGAAUUUGAUCAAACACAAUUCCCAGUUUGUCAAACAGCUGAUAGGCCCAGAUAGGCUGACGUGCCUUUAUCAAAUCAAGAGGCUUUUAGGGUUAUGCUGCAGGUUAUUACAGCAGUGUCACGAUGACGGCUUGAAUGUUGCAUUACCUAUGAGAAUGCUUGAAGUGUUUUCAUCAGAAGUUACAUAUUUGCCUGUUUUACAAGAUACAAAACAUGUUGCUUCGCUAGUCGAACAAAUUUUGCACUACAUGAUUCAAAAAGGAUAUUACAGGUCUCUGUACUUGCUAAUCAAUAGCAAACUCCCUCCUAGCAUUGACUAUACAGAUGUCUCCAGAGUCCCUAUUGCAAGAGUCCUGCUAGAAAACGUUAUGAAACCUUUGCACUUUACAUAUACCUCCUGUCCUGAAGGCGCAAGGCAACAGGUUUUCACGGCCUUCAUAGAAGAGUUUCUGGCGGCACCUUAUACAGAUCAAAUAUUCCAUUUCAUCAUUCCAGCACUGGCAGAUCUGCAAACUGCUUUUCCGUACGAGGCUUCCCUAAAUGCACUUCUAAAGGAAGGACAGCAGCACUCACGGACAAGCCACAGAGCUCCCUGGCUCUUCUACUUUGUGCUGACAGUGGGGGAAACCUACUUGGGUAACCUGUCGGAAGAGGGGAUGUUGAAAUAUCUGAGAGUGCUUCAGAUCUUUCUUUCUCAGUUACCAGUGUCGUCUUCUGGCACAAACCAUCAAGAACUCAAUAGUGAUUCUGAAGACGAUGAUGACGAUAUGACAAAGAUGCACACCACAGCCGGUGAUGCUAAAAUUUCAGUGCAAUAUAUGACGGAAGAGUGCCUAAAGAAACUGGACACCAAACAACAGACCAACCUGUUGCUCAACAUGGUGUGGAGAGAUUCGGCCAACGAAGAAGUAUUCACCUUGAUGGCUUCUAUCUGCCAUACGUUAAUGGUGCAACACAGGAUGAUGGUACCCAAAGUCAGGUUGCUGUACAGUUUAGCUUUCAAUGCCAGAUUUUUGAGACAUCUGUGGUAUUUAAUUUCCUCAAUGACGACGAAAAUGAUAACAGGAUCUAGGGUUCCGCUAAUCCAGGUGAUUUCAAGAGGUUCCCCCAUGUCUCUUGAAGAUUCCAACAGGAUCAUCCCUCUGUUUUAUCUCUUUAGCUCAUUGUUUAGUCAUUCCCUUAUUUCAGUACAUGAUAAUGAAUUCUUCGGGGAUCCCAUUGAAGGUCAGAGACAAUCAUCGAUGGUGCCUUUUACAUUAGAUCAGUUGAUAGUAUUAUCCCGAUGCCUACGAGAUGCCUGCUUGGGAAUCAUCAAGUUAGCUUAUCCCGAGACGAAGCCUGAAGUACGGGAAGAGUACAUGGCGGCGUUCAGAAGCAUCGGAGUGACUACAAACGCUGAAAUGCAGAAACAAAUUCAGGCCGAGCAAAAGCGAUGGAUCCAGCUUUUUAAGGUAAUCACCAAUCUGGUUAAAAUGCUGAAGUCUCGGGACACAAGGAGAAACUUCUGUCCUUUAAAUCACUGGUUGUCUGAACAAGAGAACAUUAAAGCAGAUAAGGUUACCCAACUUUAUGUACCUUCAGCCAGACACGUGUGGAGAGUGAGGAGAAUGGGCAGAAUUGGACCAUUACAGUCUACAUUAGAUGUUGGCCUGGAGCCUGCCCCGUUGUCUGUUUCUGAAGAGAGGCAGUUGGCGAUUUUGACAGAACUCCCCUUUGUGGUUCCCUUUGAAGAAAGAGUAAAGAUCUUCCAGAGACUCAUCUAUGCUGACAAACAGGAAGUCCAGGGGGAUGGACCAUUUAUUGAUGGAAUCAAUGUCACUAUUAGGAGGAAUUACAUCUAUGAAGAUGCUUAUGACAAGCUUUCUCCUGAGAAUGAGCCCGAUCUCAAAAAGCGUAUCCGCGUUCAUUUGCUGAACGCACAUGGCUUGGACGAGGCUGGAAUUGACGGAGGAGGAAUAUUUCGGGAGUUCCUGAAUGAGCUGCUGAAAUCUGGGUUUAACCCUAACCAAGGCUUUUUCAAGACCACUAAUGAAGGGCUUCUGUACCCCAAUCCCGCUGCUCAGAUGCUUGUCGGGGACUCCUUUGCUAGACAUUACUACUUCCUGGGGAGAAUGCUGGGAAAGGCGCUAUAUGAAAACAUGCUGGUAGAGCUGCCCUUUGCCAGUUUCUUCCUGUCGAAGCUGUUGGGUACCAGCGCUGACGUUGACAUUCACCACCUGGCGUCAUUAGAUCCCGAAAUGUACAGAAAUCUGCUUUUCCUAAAGAGCUACGAAGGCGACGUGGAGGAACUAGGCUUGAACUUUACCGUGGUCAAUAACGACUUGGGAGAAGCGCAGGUGGUGGAACUGAAAGCGGGUGGGAAGGAUAUUCCAGUGACCAGCGCCAACAGAAUAGCCUACAUCCACCUGGUGGCCGAUUAUAGACUCAACAAGCAGAUCCGGCCGCACUGCCUCGCCUUCAGACAGGGGCUCGCCAACGUGGUCAACCUCGAAUGGCUCCGGAUGUUUGAUCAGCAAGAGAUCCAGGUGUUGAUUUCCGGAGCACAAGUUCCUAUCUGCCUGGAUGACCUGAAGUCCUUCACAAAUUAUUCAGGGGGAUACUCUGCUGACCACCCCGUGAUUAAAAUCUUCUGGAGAGUUGUGGAAAAUUUCACCGAUGAAGAAAAGCGCAAACUGCUGAAAUUCGUCACCAGCUGCUCCCGGCCGCCAUUGUUAGGUUUCAAGGAGCUGUACCCUGCCUUCUGCAUCCACAACGGAGGUUCUGAUUUGGAACGGCUGCCGACUGCAAGUACCUGUAUGAACCUCCUAAAGCUUCCCGAGUUCUACGAUGAGCAUCUCAUGAAGAGCAAGCUCCUCUAUGCUAUUGAGUGUGCCGCUGGCUUUGAGCUGAGCUGAGAGGCCCUGGACGAGGGACUAGAAACCAGUGCCUACUUUUAAUUACAACGUCAAUUGGAGCUGUUUCUGGAUAGGUGAACGGCUUCAUUGUGCGAAACGAAAAAAAACCCUGCUGGAGUCAUGGCUGUCAUAAGUUUUACCUCUCACCGAUGCCGCUUGUUAGGUUCAUCUGUUUGCGAACAUGGCCAGCACUGUGGGAAAGCUGCUCCAAGAAGAAGAAGAAGACGUAAGUGCUCGAUAUAUGGGACACUGGUUGUUAUUGUUGGGCUACUUCAUCAACUGCAGGUUGGAAACGCGUCAGUAUCUCCGUUUACAAUACACAUUUGUUUAAUCCCCGCGAGACUCAAUGCUAUUUCUGCCCUUCCUUAUAACCAGCCCGGAUAAAAAUAUCAACCAAAGAAGAAGAAGAAGAUCACAACUUACCCAGAAUCGAUCCAGUUCCUCAGUGGCUUAAAACAGGGUCCCGAAGAAAUAAUACCCAGAGGCAUCGUGGGAAAAGCUUUGCUGCAGCCAAUCGUUUUGUUUCUCCCGCACCUGAAAUAUUUAUCAACAGAAUUUUAACUGGUUCCACUAAAGUUUAUUGCGUUCACUACCUUCUGCUCACGACGGUAGCCAUCAAAUGUGUCAUUUAUAGUAUUUUACUUGCCCUUUGUAUUGACGCCACCACGAAAGCGACAGGUCGGAACAUUCAUUUUACGUGAUUCUGUACAAAGUACAUCAUGAUUGCUAUAGAAACAGUUGUGAAUAUCAAUGAGUUAAAUGUUGGGUUUCCAUUUCUGUACAGAUUUUUUUUUGUAAUUUUCUUUUUUUUUCCGCUCAUGUAGUACAGUCAAUGCGAUGGAGAUGGUUAUACAUGAACACCUAUUAAAUAUUAUUUCAAACAA